AUGGAUGCGCUAAACGCGACCACCUUCGCGUCCUUUAACCAGACCAAGGACUACUUUGUUGUCCUCGAGGAGGUCUCCAAGUACAAUGUCCAGCUCAACAUUGUUGAAAAGCUCUGGGCCGCUUGGUACCUCUGGAUGCAGAACGAUACCCUCGCAACCGGCAUCAUGAGUUUCGUUCUUCACGAGCUCGUCUACUUCGGCCGCUGUAUUCCCUAUAUGAUGAUGGACUACAUCCCUUAUUUCCAACAAUUUAGAAUUCAGAAGCAGAAGGUUCCUACUCUCAAGGAGCAAUGGGAUUGCGCCGCCAUCGUUCUAAUCAGCCAUUUCACCGCCGAACUUCCUCAGAUCUGGUUCUUCCACCCCGUCGCUACCUACCUCGGUAUGGACUACGGUGUGCCCUUCCCUCCCGUCUGGAAGAUGGCUCUCCAGAUCGCUAUCUGCUUCGUCAUGGAGGAUGCUUGGCACUACUGGUUCCACCGUGCUCUGCACUACGGUCCUCUCUACAAAGCCAUCCACAAGAUGCACCACACCUACUCUGCUCCUUUCGGUCUCGCCGCUGAGUAUGCUUCGCCCAUCGAAACAGCUCUCCUCGGAAUUGGUGUCGUUGGAUGCCCCGUUGUCCUCCUUGCCAUUACUGGCGAGCUCCACCUCUUCACCAUGUACACCUGGAUCGUCCUCCGUCUUUUCCAGGCCAUCGACUCUCACAGUGGCUACGACUUCCCCUGGAGUCUGCGCCACUUCCUUCCCGUCUGGGCCGGUGCUGCCCACCACGAUCUUCACCACGAGAAGUUCAUUGGCAACUACGCCUCCAGCUUCCGCUGGUGGGACUACUGCCUGGACACCGAGGCUGGCGCCGAGGCUCACAAGCGCCGUCGCGAGAAGAAGCUUGCCCAGAUCAAGGCCAAGAAGGCGCAAUAG